AUGAAUCCUCCUGCUGCUGAGCCUGCCACUAACUACUGUGCUGCUGCUGUGUGUUCUGGCGAUUCAAACUAUUACCAACAGCGUGUGGCUGCCAAGGCUGCGUGCCACCAGCGCACCGCAAAGACAAUGACGACGCCAUUAUCACAGGCUGCCGAGAUGCCUCCCGCUGUGAGUUGCUUUUUCCACAUUCCAGAGAAACUGGCCCUGCUGUUCCAGCAAACUCCAGAGUCCGAAGUCUGCCCUACUUGA